AUGUCUACAAUCACCACCACUGCAGUCACUACUCUCACCGAAGUUGUCAAGAAAAUCACCGUGAAAGCCUCCGAUGGUGGGCUCAUUGACAUCGACGAGUCUGUCGCCAUGGAAAUUCCUGCAAGCAAGGCUUACUUUGGAGAAAACAGUGGUGUCAACAACAUCGCUCCUCUUCCUCUCGACGUUCCUAGCGAUUUGCUCUCGCGAAUUGUCGCCUAUGUUGAGGAUCCUGUUGCCAAGUCGGCCGAUGAAGGAGAGUUGAAGGCGUUCAAUAAGAAGUUCUUGGAGGAGAAAAGCGAUGGUGAACUCAAGGAGAUGUUAAUUGCUGCAAGUGAUCUCGAAAUCGAAGCCUUGGUGGAAGUCCUGGCCCAGGGCAUUGCAGAUCGGAUCAAGAACAUGAGUGUGGAGUCUAUGAGGAAGUUCUUUGGGGUUGAAAAUGAUUUCACGGCUGAGGAGGAAGAGGAGAUCCGCAAAGAGUAUCCAUGGGCCUUUGAAGGUGUCGACGCGGUUCAUGAUUGA